UAAUAGUAAUAAUUUGAAUACAGGAAACAACAUUUAACUACCAGCCUGGAGAUGCCUUUAAUAUAAUUUCUCCCAAUAAUGCCAUGGAGGUGGAGGAACUUCUUGAUAUUUUGGGGCUCUUGGGAAAAAAAGAUCACUUUGUUUGCUUAAGAGUUAAGGAAGGCACUAAAAAGAGAGGAGCAGCUUUGCCACAGUAUAUACCAGAAAAGAAUACGGUUAAAUUCAUUUUUAUGUGGUGUCUGGAAAUCAGAGCAGUUCCCAAAAAGGCAUUUCUGCGCUCUUUGGUAGAAUACACCACUUCCAUUAGUGAAAAAAGAAGACUUCAAGAAUUGUGUAGCAAGCAAGGAUCCUUGGAUUAUAACACUUUCAUAAGGGAUCCUAGUGUUAGCUUAUUAGAUUUGCUCCGUGUUUUCCCAACUUGCAAGCCUCCACUUAAUCUUUUGAUUGAACAUCUUCCAAAGUUGCAAGCCAGACCCUAUUCAGUUGCAAGUUCCACUUUGUUUCAUCCUGGAAAGAUGAAUUUCAUCUUUAAUAUUCUGGAGUUUCCAUCCCACGUAGGUGAGCUGCGAAGAGGGGUCUGUACUGGUUGGCUAGCUGAUCUGGUUGCCCCAAUCCUUCACUUGAAUCUGAAGAGCAAGGAGCUCUUUUUCCCACAGAUCACCAUAACGUCUCGCCCAUCCAAUGUUUUUCACCUACCAGACAACCCAUUGGUUCCUUUUAUUAUGGUUGGUCCAGGAACUGGAAUUGCACCAUUUAUUGGCUUUCUUCAGCAUAGGCAGAAGCUCAGAGAAAAGCACAGAGAUUAUAUAUUUGGAGAGUCGUGGUUGUUUUUUGGCUGCCGCCAUAAGGCCAGAGAUUACUUGUUCCAAGAUGAGCUCAGGUGCUUUCUUGAAAAUGGUGCGUUAACUCAUCUGAUUGUUUGCUUCUCAAGAGAUGUUCCAGCUGGGGCAGAAACUGCCCCUCCUAAGUAUGUUCAAGAUAACCUCCGGCUUUAUUGUAAAGAGAUUACCAGGAUUUUGCUGCAGGAGAAAGGAUAUUUUUAUGUGUGUGGAGAUGCAAAAAAUAUGGCUAAAGAUGUGAAUGAUGCUCUAGUGGAAAUCUUCAUUGCUGAGAAAGGAGUUGAUAAACUGGACGCACUGAAAAUACUGGCUAUGUUAAGAGAUGAAAAAAGGUACCUGCAGGACAUCUGGGCCUGAAAACUGGCUUUUUGAAUUUGCCUGACCAAUGUAAACCUUUUAAAUGCUAUUUCUGUUAGUAACUUUCUCUCAGUUAAAUUUAAACUGUUUUCUAGGUAAAUGACAGAGAGAAAUACAUAAUUUCCAAGAGAUUUUUCACAGUACAAGUGACUUUAAAUAAAUGUUGCCACUUAUUCCCAUCAAGAAAACCAUUUUAUCAGUGGCUUUUCAUUUGUCACUGAAGUUGAUUGAUGGAGUUUUGUCUUGGAUUUGAAAAUAUGGUAGCAUAUAUGGUAUUACACAUCUCUACAGUAUUUUCUUCUGUUAAUAACAAAGGGAGGAUUUUUUUUAACAAAGACUGUAGUAUGCUACAUGCAGUGUAUAGAGUAGUGUUUCUCAACCUUGGCAACGUGAAGAUGGGAGUUGAAGACCACACAUCUUCAAGCUGCCAAGGUUGAGAAACACUGGUAUAGAGUAGCAGGGGUAUCAUUCAUUCAUCAAGCCUAGUCUUUCUGCCUUAGAAGGAAACAAAACUCCAAUGGAAAAUUACUGAGAAAAGGUUUUACAAGUGCUUAUUUAUAGCUUAUUUAUAUCAUUACUCUCAGGUUAAGGAUAUACAGUGGUACCUCGGGUUACGAACACCUCUGUUAACGAACUUUUCGGGUUAUGACCAGCUCCGGCCGC